CGUUUGCCACAAAGGCACCAAAUCAGUUCCACCCCCAACUCCAUCCAUAACAAAAGCUUGAGAAAAAGAAAACCCACUUCAAUUUCUUACAAACCCCCCAAAAAGCUCGACGCUUCAACGAGCAAACUCUGUUCCGUACGUCUCCAAUGGCUUCCCCUCUCAAGGGUGGGAGAUCAAGAAAAGAAAAUAAUGGGCCAGAGCCUAUAAAUCCUCAGCAAGCCAUUCUGGAUGUGGCACCACUCAAUAGUGUGCCAUACAUUGGUCCACCUACACCGCAUAGCUAUACUGCAUCAUUGCCAACUAAAAGGUACACGGAGACUCUGGAAAAAGUUGGGCCAGCUAUGAUAUUUCUGCCUACUCUUUCAACUAAGGAAGAGUGGAAUAACGUUGUAGCUGCCACCAGAGUUGGGGUUGCAUUGACUGGGAGUGCAGCUAUGGGAAAGAUUGGACCAGUUAUAGGAUUAAUGGACAUCGGCGAAUCCAAAGAUUCUUACUUUUUCCGUGUCUCCCUGCCAGGGGUAGCAAGGGAUGAGAGUAAGUUUCAUUCACAUGAUGGUUUCCAUUGUGAUGUUGAACCUGAUGGAAAAGUAGUAAUAAAGGGAGUAACAACGACUGGUGAAAAAAUAGUGUGCAAAAACUCCCAAAUCUUUCAGAUGCACACACAAAAUCUGUGCCCACCGGGGCACUUCUCUAUCUCAUUCCAGCUUCCAGGUCCAGUCGACCAGCAACAAUUUUCUGGUUCUUUUGGAAUUGAUGGGAUUUUGGAAGGCGUUGUGAAGAAAAGGUGAUUAACAAGUCUUACAUUUUUGGUGAGCAUGGACUGAUUUAAUUUUAGUUGAGAGCUUAACAUGGACCGGAGGAGCUUUAGAAAGAAUGUGGUUCAGAGUGCUGUUUAGCUGCGAUUUUGCAUAUAUAUGUUCCUAGAUAAAACUGAAUGACAAAAAUGCGAUUUGUGCAGCUGGCCUCAAAUAAACAGAUUUUAAGGCUUUGUUUA